AUGCAAAUGCGUGUUAUUGCUAUAAAAUUUGAAAACGCCGAAACUUUACUAAUUUCUGAAGUACACAUGUUGCUUGACCAUCGCAAACGUCAAAACGAAUCGGCAGACGAGGAGCAGGAAUUUUCUGAAGUGUUUAUGAAAACAUAUGCAUACACGGAUAGUUUUCGUAAAUUCAAAAAUAAGGAAACAAUCGCAGCGGUGCGCAGUCUUUUAAUGCAGAAAAAAUUGCACAAAUUCGAAUUAGCUGCACUGGGUAACCUCUGCCCCGAAGCGCCUGAGGAAGCAAAGGCGUUGAUACCAUCGCUAGAAGGACGCUUCGAGGAUGAAGAAUUGCGGCAAAUACUAGACGAUAUAGGAACGAAACGUAGUUUACAGUACUGAAGUGUUUUUGCACAUUGCAAAUUAAAAAAAUUUUAUAAAAUACAUUCUUAUAAUUAUAAAUAUCUAAUCUCUAUUUAAAUGGAUUUGUAAAAAGAAAA